ACAAACCGGUUGUCUGCCACGUCGGGUCGUAGAAGAAAGUUUAUAUUUAUAUGAAUAUUGAUUGUUCUCAUUUGCUGGGGUGAGAGCAUUCCUUUUUAAAUUAAAGUAAACAUUAAUUCAGUGUUUUAAAUUUACUACUCCCAUAAAAUGCCACGAAUGUGCUGUGUGGAUGGAUGUUCUACCAGAGAAGGUACAAACAUAUCUCUAUUUCAUUGUCCCAAAGAUGAAAUUAGAUGUCAACGUUGGAAACAAGCAUUGGGAUUUGUAAACAGUCAUAUUUAUGCUAAUAUGACUCCUGAACAAUUCAGUUACAAAUUAAGAGUGUGCGAAUUACAUUUCCCUGAAGGAAGUUUUAUAAAAAAUAAUUGUAGAAAGAAUCUGCAAUAUAACGCUGUCCCGUCAUUGAAUCUAAUGAAAAAUAAUAUGGCCCCAGUACUAACAACAGAUGUGUCAACCCAAACAAAUAUCCAGGAAGUAAUGACGAAUGGUCAAAAUGUACACGAAUGUAAAGAAAAAUGGAAAAACAUAAGAUCGGCUUUUGUUAGGAGUUUGAAGCCAUCACCAGGAUCAUCAAAAAUAAAAAGGCCCUAUUACUUACACGACCACUUACGUUUUAUUCUUCCAUUCGUGAAAACUGUGAAUUCCAUUGAAUCUGUGAAGGUUGAAUGUCCUGACGAUUAUUCUGAAAAUCAAGAUUCCAUUCCAGAUGAUACAGAUGAACAGGAAAUAUAUGAAGAAGCUCUAUCACCCUUACCAUCAAUUUUAAUUGACGAUAAUCAGUUACUUGAUGUUACCACAGAAUCAUCUCCAAGUAGGAAGAAAAGGAAACUAGAUUCACCAUCUUACGAAUUUGAAUAUAAAAAGCCACGGGUUAUUGACGAUGAAACUGCAAUUCACUAUUUUCUUCUUAGUUUAAUACCAGAUUUGAAAAGUCUAACUGAAGCUCAACUACGAAAUUUUAAAAUAAAAUCGUUGUUAUUGAUACAGGAGAUGAAAGAGAAAAAUGAGCCCAAUAUCAAUAAUCCUCUUAUAUUAACGUGAUACUUGUGAAAUGUUGACAUUUAUAUCAUUUAUUUAAUAUACUCAUAUCUACUAAUAGGUAGUCUGCUGAAAUUUCAUUUAAUAGAUAUAUGGAGACAUAAAGAUAGAGAUAUGUCUAUAUCGUGUACAAGGAUGUCGAAAUAAUGUACUAGGAUGAAAGUGUCUUGUUAACUGAAAUGUACUAAUCUUAUUUUGAUAUAUUUUUGAUAUAUCCCAUGUCAAUUUUCUCCUUUUAUACCAAUUCUGAGUUUCUGGAAUUUUCAGUCAGUCAGUAAAAAAAAGUAUCUUCGAUUACGUAAUAACGUAGCCAAAGGACUCCACAGAUCAAAAAUAAAUUGGAAGGUCAACGUACCUAAAUAGGAAUGGAAAAAAUGCCUCGACAAUUGGUUCAAUCGCUUUCAAAAAUGUAUUUAUUUCAAUUUAGAAUAUUUUGAAAGCUAAUUUUAUUUGUAUCAAAGCUUCAGUAGUAACCCUCGUAUUCAUAUUCCUGAUCUAAAAAAGGAACAAACCAGUAUUUAUGUAACACUGGUUACAUUAUUUUUACAAAAUCUAAUAAGAUUGAUCAAUUUUUUUUGAUCCGUUUGAGGUAGCUUCAAAAUGUGUAUUUUGAAAACAGAAACGGCUAUUUUGGUUUAGAGAACCUUUAACCAGACAGUUUUCUUUCGACGUGGGGAAACAAAUAGUACUCAUACAGUGAUCAAGAUUUUGUUGAAUGACCCAUAACUCGACCUAUCGACAGUUUCAAAUUCCUUUUGUUUGAGCAACGGUAUGAAAUAUUGUAUUGUCAUGAUGGUGAAUAUUCGUCUCUUAUUUUGGUAAAUGAAAGGUCAAAUAUAGGGGAACUGGGAACUUUAUGUGCUUUUACAUCAACGGUAAAAAAAUGGGAAACCACUAGAUCUAAAUCAACAUUUCACCAACGACUAACACAUUCAUAAUGGAUUUCUAGAUGGCAUACCCUACAUAUUAUAUAAGAUUCUGAAUUUUUUGAAUCUCUAGGUUACCUUACAAUAUACUCUUUGCCUAAAUGGUUAUGCAAAUUUGAUUUUUGCAUACUCAAAUUCUAUUAUUGGUAAUGGAAAGCGUAUUAAAUUAGACUUAAAGUUUUUAUUUUGUUAUUAAUUGUUGCUGUGUUUCUCCUCAAAAUGGAUGUUUUUGUAUACGAUAACGUCAUGGUCUAAUAAAAACCUCUCUGUUGUACAUUAUGUUAGGAAAAAAGUAGUCGCUGAUAUGGUGAAUACUUUUCGACAUCCAUCACCUAGAUCAGCGCUGUCCAACUUAUCAUUACGCGAGGGCCAUAUUUUCUACAAAUACUGUGGGGGCCAAUAAGGUUCAUAAAUGAUAAGUCAGAUUAAGUAGAUUGAUAAAAAAGUUAUUUAUACUAAAAACAAAACUUUAAAAAAUUCAUAAUAUAUUAAUGAGAACGUUGUGGCCGUAAUUGCUUAGCAACAAUAUAUUUUGUGUCCACAUCAA